UGAUUAAGAUUAAUAGGGGUGCCCAAACUUUUUCAUAUGACUGUAUGUUGUCCAAAAAAGAACAUUUGCAAUGUUCAUUUUUUUUUUCAAUAUGGUGUAGCUCUAGCCCUAAAUCUCAGUGUCCUUUAAAGCGUAUGCUUCAUUCUAAAAUUAAACAUUUCACACCAAACACUUUGAAGGAACUUUUCACAUCUCAUCAUAAUGUAAUUGAAUUGUGCAUACUUUUUAAAUGUUGUUGGACUUCUCUUAAAGUGAGUUCAGAGUGCAGAUCUCUUCAGUGUGAGGAAAAGUGGAGCUGCCAAGUUUGUGGAGGAUGGCAUGUAAACUGCCUGAUCUGCAUUCUAAUUCAGAGGGUGGUGCCAUCGAGCGGCUGCAGUGAGCGACACAGAGAGAGUUUCAGUAGCAGGACAGAUAGAAACCUCCACCUCCCGUCACUGACAGCUGACUGUCCUGCAUCAGAAUGGCUGCACUGGACGUGGGCCUGCUCCCUACUGAAGAGAAGAGGACGCUGACCCUCUGUGGCCAUGUUGGUUUUGACAGCCUUCCUGACCAGCUAGUGAGCAAAUCAGUGUCCCAGGGCUUCUGCUUCAACAUCCUCUGUGUAGGUGAAACAGGGAUCGGUAAAUCCACGCUGAUGAACACGCUCUUCAACACAACCUUUGAGAACGAAGAGGCCAGCCACCACCAGAACACUGUGUAUUUACGACCCAGGACCUACAACCUGCAGGAGAGCAAUGUGGACCUCAAGCUGACCAUAGUGGAUACCGUGGGGUUCGGUGAUCAGAUCAAUAAAGAGGAGAGCUACAAGCCCAUACUGGACUACAUUGAUAACCAGUUUGAAAACUUCCUCCAAGAGGAGCUGAAAAUUAAACGUUCGCUGCAUAAUUACCACGACACCAGGAUUCACAUCUGCCUGUACUUCAUCUCCCCUACGGGCCAUUCACUGAGGUCUCUCGAUCUCGUCACCAUGAAGAAGCUGGACAGUAAGGUGAACCUUAUUCCCCUGAUCGCGAAGGCAGAUACCAUCUCCAAGUGUGAGCUUCACAAGUUUAAGAUUAAAGUCAUGAGUGAGCUGGUCAGUAACGGCGUUCAGAUUUAUCAGUUUCCAACAGACGAUGAAGCUGUGACGGAAAUCAACUCCACUAUGAAUGCACAUCUGCCGUUUGCUGUGGUGGGGAGCAGUGAGGAGGUUAAAGUUGGGAAUAAGAUGGUUCGAGCCAGACAGUUCCCGUGGGGAGUGGUGCAGGUGGAGAACGAGAGCCACUGUGAUUUUGUAAAGCUGAGAGAGAUGCUGCUUCGGGUGAAUAUGGAAGAUCUGCGGGAGCAGACGCACACACGCCAUUAUGAGCUGUACCGCCGCUGCAAGCUGGAGGAGAUGGGCUUUAAAGACUCGAACACUGAUGCACAGCCAUUCAGUCUGCAGGAUGUUUACGUGGCCAAGAGAAGGGAGUUUGUGGCUGAACUGCAGCGCAGCGAGGAGGACAUGCGGCAGAUGUUUGUCAAUAAAGUGAAGGAGACGGAGGCGGAGUUAAAAGAGAGAGAAAGAGAGCUGCAUGAGCGUUUUGAGCAGCUGAAGCGUCUGCAUCAGGAGGAGAAGCGUAGUCAGGAGCAGAAGCGGCGAGAGCUGGAGGAGGAGAUGAACUCGUUCAGCAGGAGGAAGGUGGCGGCGGAGGCGCUGCAGGCCUGCACACUGCAGAGCUCCAUCACACACACCAUCAAAAAGGAGAAAGACAAGAGAAAUUGAUUUUUGCACGCUUUCUAAGCCCUGCUUGAAGCACUCCACACACACUCACGUGGUUUACAGUGACACCAGCACACAAUGGACCAGCUUCUGAGAGGGCAGCGGAUGGGUCGUCAUUAAAAAUGGAAUUUAAAUAUGGAAUUUAGUUACUUUAGUAUGGACAGGCUUACAAUUCAGCGUACACAUCAGGUCUGUGGUGCCGCUAUGCCAUCAGUACAUUAACACAGUGUUUACAAGGCCACAUUUGCUGUAAAGAAGUCAUAGGACUCGUUAUCAGGGGCAUUUCUUAUUUACCUAUAUAAUAAACCUUCAUGCUAGUGGAACAGACAGCAGUGAGCAAAAGACCAUCCUUCAUCUAUUUCAUUUACAGUCUGAAUUUAUUCAUUUUUGUUUUAAUAACAUAGACAGUUGUACACUAAGAGCCCUCAGCAAUACCUGGUAGACCAGGCCACUUGCUCCACUUACAGCGUAAUCAGCAAGCUAAUUGGUUCUUUUUGUUGAAGGGUGGGAGUUUGUCUGUAAACAGAUCCCAUGUUGAGUGUUAUACAGCUUUGGAAAAAAAUGAAGAGACCACUUCAGUUUCUGAAUCAGUUUCUCUGAUUUUGCUAUUUAUAGGUUUAUGUUUGAGUGAAACAAACAUUGUUGUUUUAUUCUAUAAACUACAGACAACAUUUCUCCCAAAUCCCUUAUAAAAAUAUUGUCAUUUAGAGCAUUUAUUUACAGAAAAUGAGAAAUGGCUGAAAUAGCAAAAAAGAUGCAGAGCUUUCAGACCUCAAAUAAAAAAUAAAACAACAACUUCAUAUUCAUAAGGAUUUAAGAGUUCAGAAAUCAAUAUUUGGUAGAAUAAACCCUGAUCACAGUUUUCAUGCAUCUUGGCAUGUUCUCCUCCACCAGUCUUACACACUGCUUUUGGAUAACUUUAUGCCUUUACUCCUGGGGCAAAAAUUCAAGCAGUUCAGCUUGGUUUGAUGGCUUGUGACCAUCUAUCUUCCUCUUGAUUAUAUUCCAGAGGUUUUCAAUUUGGUAAAAUCAAAUAAACUCAACAUUUUUAAGUGCUCUCUUAUAUUUUUCAGAGCUGUAUAUCAAAGAAAGUGAUCGGUCUCCAUGCCACUUCACGCUAAGCUAGGUUUGUGUAUGUUGUUUUUCCACUGUAAGAAGAUGACCUAAAGCCGUACAUCUGAAAUUAUGUUCUGGAUGUGAGGAGCGGAUCAGGAUUCUCUUACUGAGAAACAAAUACAGUGAUAGUGAGUCAGGUAGACCUAGGAGACGACACCAAGAUCAUCCUUUAACCUUUACACAGACAUGCCAAAAAAUCAUGGGAUAGAAGUAUUUAAAUUUGUGUUAGCUCAAGGGACGACUUGGGAAUGCCCAAACUUGUAUACGUUGUGAGAUGUUAUCUUGUGAGUGAGUUUGAACACGGGCCAAAAGUUUGAAAGAUAAAAAAUCUACUGGCAAAAACCUCACAAAAUAUAUACAAAAAAAUAUGAUGUAUAUGUAAAUUUUCUAAGGAAGAUUCUUAAAAUAAUAUACAAAUCUGUAAAUGCUUGAAGUGAGACUUGAAUCAAGUAAAAGUUCUUGAUUUUAUAUUUAAAUUUUUAACACAAGAAUCAGAAUAACCUGGUGAAUUUGUUUUUAUUUUAAGUUGUGACAAUUCUAAGUGAGACUGCUUAAGGGCAUUCUUCCUAAAAUAAGCAAAAAAUAUUUUUUUGCAUACAAUACAUGGUAUGAAAAAAAUACUUAUCCCACAAAUGUAUUGACUUAAAAUGGUGAUAAUUUCACUUUCUUUUUUCAAAUUAAGUUUCAAAUACCUUCUUACUCCCUAAAUAGUAAACUACAUUAUCACAUUAAACUACAGCAUCUUCACACAGAUAGCACCAUAUUUCAAAAUAUUAAGAAACUGUUUUAUUACACUGCCUGGGAAAAAAAAAGUUCACACACUCUAAUAUUUUGUUGGAGCGCCUUUAUCUUUGAUUGGUUUGACGCGUUCACUGUGGCUUUGUUUCAAUAAGCUUCUGCAACGUCACAAGAUUUAUUUCAAUUCAGUGUUGCUGGAUUAAUUUUUCACCAAGAUCUUGCAGCAGCAUUGAUGAUGGUAGAGUCUGACCAACCGCUGCACAAAGUCUUCUCCAUCCAGCACAUCUCAAAGAUUCUCAAUGAGGUUAAGAUCUGGACUCUUUGGUGAACUCUCUCAAUCCAUGUGUGAAAAUGAUGAUCUCAUGCUCCCUGAAUCACUCUUUCACAAUUCCAGACCCAUGAAUCCUGAUAUUGUGAUCUUGUAAUAUGUUCGUGUUCAUCAGGGAAGAAAUAUAAAAUCCAUUGAUGGAAUAACCUGGUCUAUAUUCAGUAUAUUCAGGUAGUCAGCUGACCUCAUUCUUUCAGCACAUACUGUUGCUGAACCUAAACCUGCAGACCAACUGCAGCAUCAACCCCACAUCAUUUACUUACUUAAAUCCAAGUGGAGACUUUU